AUGGGCGGGAACCUAAACAGAAGGAAAAAUAACCGGUGCGCUGUUACUUUAAGAGACCCCGGAAGUGGAUGUAAAUUGCAAUAUUGUAUACAAGGGUUAUUUUGGUGCGCGUUUGUCCCGUGCGUAGUGACACCAUUCCACUUAUCUACACCCCUGCGAGCUUUACUAAAGUCUUAUCAACUCCGGGCUGUCUGCAAAACGCUUCAGGGGCUCAGGGUAUGUGAAUUUAGAAACAUUUCUCCAUGCAACUCUAUCGCAGGUUACAGUAGCAUGGAAGAGAUCCUCAAAAAGACAGUGGUCCCAUUGCCCACCUAUGAGAUGAGAGACAAAUCUCCACCACCACCUGAAUCUAACAGUAUGGAGUUUAUACACUUUUACAAGAGUCUCGAAAAAGAGCAGAGGCUAAAGUUUUUGGAAAAGCUGGCGCACGAUUUCGGGGUGGAUCACAGAGGGGUUACAGAUCUGGCUGGGAAACUUCUGCACACUCAGGUGCGAGAUGUGGCCACCAUCCUGCAGGUGGAGGACAGGUUACGGUACAGUUUGGCACCCCGGUACAGACAGCUGCUGACGCACAUCAGCAAGGUUCAUGGCGGGGUGAAGUUUCUGGUGGACCUUCGGGCAAAUCUUAUUGACUUUGCGUCCUCCAAAAUUUGUGACAGCCCACACAUGAGGGAUCUGAACAGCACUUUGAAGAGUCUUCUAUCAGAAUGGUUCUCAGUUGGAUUGCUCCGGCUGGAGAGGAUCACGUGGCAGUCACCAUGCGAGGUCCUUCAGAAGAUCAGCCAGUAUGAGGCAGUGCACCCUGUUCGGAACUGGACGGACAUCAAACGCAGAGUCGGGCCUUACAGGAGAUGCUACACUUUCAUCCACGCCUCCAUGCCUGGAGAACCACUGGUGGUGCUGCAUGUUGCACUCAUUGAGGACAUAGCAAACAAUAUCCACAGCAUUGUGAGAGAGUUUGCCAGUUUGGAUGCCAAUGAAGAUGUGAACAAGAUCAAUGCAGCCAUCUUCUAUUCCAUAUCGUCCACUCAGUCUGGACUACAGGGGGUGGAUCUUGGCAAUUACCUCAUAAAGAGGGUCGUCUGUGAGCUGCAGAGUGAGUUUCCCCAUAUGGCCCAGUUCUCCAGCCUGUCUCCUAUCCCCGGCUUCUCCGUAUGGCUUCAGGGAGCUCUGGCCCUGUACAAGAAGGAGGGCUGUGCCAUAGAGCUCCUCUCUGAGGAGGAGUGGAGGGAUGUGGAGGAAGUGACAGGAGCCACCCCCGGGACCCCAGCUCUGGACGCACUCCGAAGGCUCAUCAGCACCAGUGAGUGGAUUCGAUCCAGUCGUCUGGUCUGCACUCUUGAGCCCAUCCUCAUGCGAUUCUGUGCCUGGUACCUGUACGGAGAGAAGCGACGGGGCUAUGCACUAAACCCUGUAGCCAACUUCCACCUUCAGAAUGGCGCCACCAUGUGGAGACUUAACUGGCAAGCGGACACCAGCCCAAGAGGUAUUGCCAACUCCUGUGGCAUUAUGGUUAAUUACAGGUACUUCCUGCAAGAGACAAGUGCUAACAGUGCUGCCUACCUGCAGAACAAAGUUGUCAAAGCUUCGGAGCAGGUGAUAGGCCUGGUGUCGCAAUUUCAAAAGAACAGCAAACUCUGAGAACUUUAGACUUGAAAUCCACUGCUAUCAUUUUUGACAGCUCUGAAGUGAACGGAGACGACAAAGUGAAUCCAGGUUAAAGUGGGCUAAUGCAGGAGCACAGAAUCAGCCUUAUACAAAUGCCUUGGGCUCUACGACUGAGACCAGUAUAUCAAUACACUGUUAUACACAAAUGAACAGUUCUAUUCUGCCUUUCUAAAAAAUAGUACUUGCAAAGUUCAAUGUUGAUCUGAUUUAUUUUCAUUAUUCAGCUUGCCACUUUGGGAAUUUCAUACAGAGAUUUUGUGGUAAAAUGUAACCUGGACUUAUUUUUGGUGAUAUUCACCCCCAUAGAGUAGCAGCAGCACUUCAGCAUGCCUCAGUUUGAUUAGCUGGUUUUGAUGUGGACUUGAAUCACACUUUGAAAGACUGGAGGUAAUGAAGCGAGGAGAAUCUAUCAGACCCUGUCAUGUCUUUGCCUUCUCAGCGUGUGUAUAUAAGAGUGCAUGUCUGAGAGUGAGUGAGUGAGUGGAAACUGCUGUAAUAAAUGUUUUGAUUCCUUCAUUAGUGUGAUCUGAUUCGCUGUAAAACAGUUAUCUGUCAGUUCACACAUGUCUGAGAAAAUAUGUCUGUGUGCAUACAUUUUUAGAAUGUGCCAGCCAAAGAUAAUUUUAUUUUAUAUUUAUUGGGGUGACUUUUUGAAUUAAAAUUUGAAUUAACUUCCAAAAUGGAUUCCAUCUUUUUGUUUCUAUUUUAACAUCUCCAGGGUCCCUAGUCACAGAAAACCUAGAAAUUUUAGGUAAUUAAAAAAUGUUUGUCUGCCAGGCCUGGAAAACUCA